AUGGCUCUGUCCCCACCUCUGGGCCCAAGACUCCCCUCAGAGCCCCUGAACCACCCCCCUGGAGCUCCCAGGGAGCUGAACAUUGCUGAAUGCACCGUCUGCUCUGCAUCUGGAGAGGAGAGAAUCAGGCCAGAGCAGGCCCAGAAACCAGGACAGGACUCCUUGGACCCUUCUGAGCACUUCCAGGGUGGGCUGUGGGGCACUGAGCCCGCCGUUGGCCUCCCACAAUUGUCAACGCCCUCUUCCCAUGAGGACCCAGCUGGGGACAAACACUGUGAGCACCCUAUCUCUGGCCUGGAGGUUCUGGAGGCUGAGCAGGACAGCCUGCACCUUUGCCUGUUGGGGCUGGGCCUCCGGCUGCAGGACCUGGAACGAGGCUUGGGGCCCUGGGCGUUGGCUCGGAGCAGGAUGGUCCAGCUGAAGGCUCUACAGGCAGAGCUACGAGGAGCAGCUGAGCGUGUGGAUGCACUGCUAGUGUUCGGUGAGGGGCUGGCACAGCGGAGUGAGCCCAGGGCCUGGGUAUCCCUGGAGCAGAUCCUGAGAGCCCUUGGUGCCCAUCGAGACACCAUCUUCCGACGGCUUUGGCAGCUGCAGGCCCAACUGGUCAGCUACAGCCUGGUGUUUGAGGAGGCCAAGACACUGGACCAGGACUUGGAGGUCGAGGGGAACUCGGACAGGCCAGGACCUGGUGGCAUCUGGGGACCCUGGGGACCCAGUAGCCUUCCUACUUCUGCAGAGUUGGAGUGGGACCCGGCGGGGGACAUUGGGGGCCUUUGGCCCCUGGGACAAAAGACAACCCAGACACCAGGAGCUCCCUGUGAGCUAUGUGGCCACAAGGGUCUCCAGGGCAGAGGACAAUGCCUUGAGGAACCACAUACCUCUCUCUCACCACAGGACUUGUUCACCUCUGGCCUCAGCCACCGGAAACACUUAGCAGGUCACCAAAGACGCUCCCUGCUCCGGAAGCCUCAGGACAAGAAGAGGCCAGCAUCUGCCAACCUCCAGGAUGUCAGGCUGGAGGUGGAUCCCAGGGCCCCCAGUCCUGCAUCCAGGCGACCCCUGACCUUCCUCCUUGUCUUUCUCCUCUUCCUCCUCUUCCUGACGGGUGCCAUAUUGCUCCUGCCCGCGUCAGGGGGGUCCUGCUGCUCCCAUGCCCGACUGGCCAGGACACCUCACCUAGUACUCAGCUACGUCAAUGGUCUCCCCCCAGUCUGAGUACUCAGCCCAGGUGUGCAAUAAACGGU